GGAGAUUUGAAUCUCUGUUCUGUGACUAAGUCCUUGAAUCAUUUCUUCCAGUUGGUCCAACAAGACAGACUAAGUGUUGGACAUGUGUUGUGGCUCCAUUAGGGGAGCAUGUGAUGGCCUGCAGUUGGUGACACGGCAGCUAGCGAAGAGGAGCUCGUCGGCAAAAAGAAAACCAACGGCUCAAUUAUUUGGAGAUGGUUCGGGUUCAAAGUGUCAGAUGAGCAGCAGAAUAAUGUAUUCUGUAGAAAGGUUCGAGCACUAAUCUUUUCCACCAUUUACAACAGCGCCAUAAAGUGCAGUAUGAAGAGUGUGUGAAACUGCGUGCUGUAGCCCAGACCGCAAAGUCUUCCCAGGUUCCUGCAGCGAAACAGACCAUCUUACAACACUCAAAUACUCGUGCUGUGCCACAUGAUAGAAAAAGUGAGAAGUGGGGGGAAAUUACUAAAGCAGUGGCCUAUCAUAUCGCUAAAGACAUGGUCCCCAUCUCAACUGUGGAACAAGAGGGCUUUAUACAGCUGCUAAAAACUCUUGACCGAAGAUACCAGUUACCUAGCCGGAAAUACUUCACCAGAGAAGCACUGCCAAAAAUGUAUACUGAAGUUAGACAGAGUCUCGCUGCCCAGCUCACCAAAGUGUCUCACUCUGCACUGACCACCGACAUGUGGUCCAGGAGGCCAUACAUGAGUGUAACUAUCCAUUUCAUGGAAGACUGGGAACUGAAGACUGCCCGUCUCCAGACCAGCUACUUUCCUCAAGACCACACCGGAGAGCAUACAGCUGAAGCCCUGCAGGAUGUCCUCAAAACCUGGACGCUCAACCCGACGGGACUGGUUGCUAUAACAACUGACAACGGGGCUAAUAUUGUCAAGGCGGUUCAACUGAACCAGCGGCUGAGGAUCCAGUGUUUUGGUCACAGGCUUCAUCCGGCCAUCGGACAUGCUAUGGAUGAUGGCCGCAUUACCCGGGCUAUUUCUCUGUGUAAGAAAGUCGUGAGCAGCUUCUCCUACAGCUGGAGGAAGUGCAAAUACAGCUGGGUCUUUAAAGUCACCAGCUAAUCACAGAGGCAGCAGCUGGCUGGGGAUCAAGGCUGGUCAUGAUAGAGGGUUCUGGAGCAGGAAAGAGCACUUUCUAAAGUCCUCUCUGUCAACAUGAAAACCAGACCUCUAGUCCCUACUUGGCAGGACAUGGAGGUCCUGGAGGCAGUUCAGAAAGCUCUCAAACCCCUUCAGGACUUCACUGAUGCACUUUCAGGAGAAAUGUGACCCUGUCGUAUGUCAGACCUGUGCUACACCUGUUUAACACUAGUCUCCUGGCACCUGGAGAGGAUAGUGAGCUGUGCAAAUCCAUCAAGACCCGCAUUGUGGAUUACCUCAACAAUAAAUAUGCUGAUCCAUCCACCAGUGACCUGUUGGACAUGGCUUCUUUUGUGGAUCCACGGUUCAGGGCGAAUUACAUCCCAAGUGAGAAAAUCAAUGCACUAAAACAUAAACUCAUGUUGGAGGCAGAGUCUCUGCUCAGCUAUCAGGGCACGUGUUUGAGCUGCCUGAUCCAGCCGUGCCUGAGUCUGCAGACCGAGAAGCAGCAGCAGUAGGACACACAGCUAAGAAAAAGAGAUCUCUGGCAAGCUUCUUCCAGCACAGCACAGCCGCCAACACUGGUUUCACACAGAGGGAGGCAAUCGAAAAUGAAUUUUCUAGCUACCUGUUGUCAGUUUGUGUGGAGAGUGAUGCUGACCCUCUCAAAUGGUGGAAGGAACAUGAAGUUGCCUAUCCAGCACUGAGCCGCCUGGCCAAGAAAUACCUUUGUGUGCCAGCUACCAGCUCCCCUUCUGAAAGGACUUUUAGUUGCAGUGGAAACGUUGUAACCUGCCACAGGACAUCCCUGAAUCCUGAUACUGUUGACAGAUUAGUUUUCCUGGCACAAAAUCUGUAAGCUGUACAGUUGUUGGCCUUGACAAUUGUUUGUGUUCUUUCUAUAUUGGGGUGGCUGUAGGUCAGGAGGUAGAGCAGGUCAGCUGCUAAUCGGAAGGUUGGUGGUUCGAUCCCAGGCUCUCCCAGUUUGCAUGGGCAAGGUGCUUCACCUUAUAUUUUUAUUGUCAUUGGAGAUUUGCACAGAGAGCCACUGACUAAAGAACGGAAUUUUGUUAAUUGCGUUCAAUCUGUUUACAUGUUUUGUUUUUGCACAAAGUACCAGAUGAUUGUUCAGGAAUACACACAAAGAAGCAUUUACUUUACUUCAGUGUAAGCACUUUUUAAAGAGCAGGUUGCCCUCGUUAUUUUUGCUCUGCACCUGUUUGGUUUACAUUUUACAUUUGGUUUACAAUUGUGAGCUUUUUGUUAUACAUGAAAAGAAAAUUAUUUUUAUUUUACUUAUGGAGGAUUAUUUAUGAUUAAUUUUUCAUGUACAUCUACAGUUGUAUGUUAAUAAAAGAAGCUUUGACCAAGAACUCUCUUUUUGUUCUUACUUUAUGGGAUUAAACAAAUAUCGAGAUAUAUAUCGUAUAUCGCCAUCCAGCUAAAAAUAUCGAGAUAUGAAUUUUGGUCCAUAUCACCCAGUCCUAACUGGAACUGAGGGACUGCUUUGACUGCACCCACUGGGACUUUUUAAAGGCUCAUAUUCUCACUUGGAUCAUCCACACUUCAGUCAAAGGUUUGGACACACCUUCUCAUUUAAUGGUACAUUUGUGGAAUU